CACCCGCGCCAAGCGCUCCCGCAGGAUGGCGCGGGCCAAGCUGCCGCGCUCUCCAUCCGAGGGCAAGGCGGGUCCAGGGGACACCCCAGCCGGCGCUGCAGCCCCCGAGGAGCCGCAUGGGCUCAGCCCGCUGCUGCCGGCCCCCGGCGGAGGCUCCGUGGGCAGCGACGUGGGCCAGAGGCACCAUGUGGAAGAUUUCAGCCUGGACUCUUCCCUCUCUCAGGUCCAGGUGGAGUUCUAUGUCAAUGAGAACACCUUCAAAGAGCGGCUCAAGCUGUUCUUCAUCAAAAACCAAAGAUCCAGCCUGAGGAUCCGGCUGUUCAACUUCUCUCUCAAGCUCCUCACCUGCCUGCUGUAUAUCGUUCGUGUCCUGCUCGACAACCCAGACCAGGGCAUCGGAUGCUGGGGCUGCAUGAAGUAUAACUACACGUUCAAUGGCUCAUCCUCCGAGUUCCACUGGGCUCCCAUCCUGUGGGUGGAGAGGAAGAUGGCUCUGUGGGUGAUCCAGGUCAUCGUGGCCACGAUAAGCUUCUUAGAGACCAUGCUCCUCAUUUACCUUAGCUACAAAGGCAACAUCUGGGAGCAGAUCUUUCAUGUGACCUUCGUCUUGGAGAUGAUCAACACGCUGCCCUUCAUCAUCACGGUCUUCUGGCCACCUCUGCGGAACCUGUUCAUCCCCGUGUUUCUCAACUGCUGGCUGGCCAAGCAUGCGCUGGAGAACAUGAUUAAUGACUUCCACCGUGCCAUCCUGCGCACACAGUCAGCCAUGUUCAACCAGGUGCUCAUCCUCUUCUGCACCCUGCUGUGCCUCGUCUUCACAGGGACCUGUGGGAUCCAGCACCUGGAGCGGGCAGGCGGGAACUUGAACCUGCUGACCUCCUUCUACUUCUGCAUCGUCACUUUCUCAACUGUGGGCUUCGGUGAUGUGACACCCAAGAUCUGGCCCUCCCAGCUCCUGGUGGUCAUCCUGAUCUGUGUGACCCUUGUGGUUCUCCCCCUGCAGUUUGAAGAGCUUGUCUACCUUUGGAUGGAGCGACAGAAGUCCGGGGGCAACUACAGCCGCCACCGAGCACAGACAGAGAAGCAUGUGGUCCUGUGUGUGAGCUCCCUCAAGAUUGACCUCCUCAUGGACUUCCUGAAUGAGUUCUAUGCCCACCCCCGGCUCCAGGACUACUAUGUGGUCAUCUUGUGUCCCUCCGAAAUGGAUGUCCAGGUGCGAAGGGUACUGCAGAUUCCCCUGUGGUCCCAGCGGGUCAUCUACCUCCAGGGCUCUGCCCUCAAGGACCAAGACCUCAUGCGAGCCAAGAUGGACAACGGGGAGGCCUGCUUUAUCCUCAGCAGCAGGAAUGAGGUGGACCGCACAGCCGCGGACCAUCAGACCAUCCUUCGAGCCUGGGCUGUGAAAGACUUUGCCCCCAACUGUCCCCUCUACGUCCAGAUCCUCAAGCCCGAAAACAAGUUUCACGUCAAAUUUGCUGACCAUGUGGUAUGCGAGGAGGAGUGCAAGUACGCCAUGCUGGCCCUGAACUGCAUCUGCCCGGCCACCUCCACCCUCAUCACCCUGCUGGUGCACACGUCCCGUGGCCAGGAAGGACAGGAGUCUCCAGAGCAGUGGCAGCGCAUGUACGGGCGCUGCUCAGGCAAUGAAGUGUACCACAUCCGCAUGGGUGACAGCAAGUUCUUCCGGGAGUACGAGGGCAAGAGCUUCACCUACGCAGCCUUCCAUGCACACAAGAAGUAUGGCGUGUGCCUCAUUGGGCUGAAGAGGGAGGAAAACAAGAGCAUCUUGCUGAACCCGGGGCCUCGACACAUCCUGGCCGCCUCCGACACCUGCUUCUACAUCAACAUCACCAAGGAGGAGAACUCAGCCUUCAUCUUCAAGCAGGAGGAGAAGCAGAAGAGGCGGGGUCUCUCGGGGCAGGCACUUUACGAGGGGCCCUCCAGGCUUCCAGUGCAUAGCAUCAUCGCCUCUGUGGGGACAGUGGCCAUGGACCUGCAGAACACAGAUUGCCGGCCCUCCCAGGGUGGUGGCGGUGGGGGCGGCGGCAAGCUGACUCUGCCCACGGAGAAUGGCUCCGGUAGCCGGCGCCCCAGCAUUGCACCUGUUCUGGAGUUGGCUGACAGCUCAGCCCUGUUGCCCUGCGACCUACUGAGCGACCAGUCAGAAGAUGAGGUGACGCCCUCAGACGACGAGGGGCUCUCUGUGGUUGAGUACGUGAAGGGCUACCCCCCCAACUCACCCUACAUUGGCAGCUCCCCGACCUUAUGCCACCUCCUGCCUGUGAAAGCCCCGUUCUGCUGCCUGCGGCUGGACAAGGGCUGCAAGCACAACAGCUACGAGGACGCCAAAGCCUACGGGUUCAAGAACAAGCUAAUUAUCGUGUCUGCUGAGACAGCGGGCAACGGGCUCUACAACUUCAUCGUGCCUCUGCGCGCCUACUACCGGUCCCGCCGGGAGCUCAACCCCAUCGUGCUUCUGCUUGACAACAAGCCUGACCACCACUUCCUGGAGGCCAUCUGCUGUUUCCCCAUGGUCUACUACAUGGAGGGCUCCGUGGACAACCUCGACAGCCUGCUGCAGUGUGGCAUCAUCUAUGCUGACAAUCUGGUGGUGGUGGACAAGGAGAGCACCAUGAGUGCCGAAGAGGACUACAUGGCAGACGCCAAGACCAUUGUCAAUGUGCAGACCAUGUUCCGGCUUUUCCCCAGUCUCAGCAUCACCACGGAGCUCACACACCCUUCCAACAUGCGGUUCAUGCAGUUCCGUGCCAAGGACAGCUACUCUCUGGCUCUUUCUAAACUGGAAAAGCAAGAACGAGAGAAUGGGUCCAACCUGGCCUUCAUGUUCCGCCUGCCAUUUGCUGCUGGCCGCGUGUUUAGUAUCAGCAUGUUGGACACACUGCUCUACCAGUCCUUCGUGAAGGACUACAUGAUCACCAUCACCAGGCUGCUGUUGGGCCUCGACACCACACCAGGCUCCGGGUACCUCUGUGCCAUGAAGGUGACCGAGGACGACCUGUGGAUCCGUACUUAUGGCCGCCUCUUUCAGAAACUCUGCUCAUCCAGUGCUGAGAUCCCCAUUGGCAUCUAUAGGACCGAGUGCCAUGUCUUCUCCUCUGAGCCACAUGACCUUGGAGUCCAGUCCCAGAUCUCAGUGCACAUGGAGGAUUGCGAGGACACCCGGGAUGCCAAGGGGCCCUGGGGCACACGGGCUGCAUCUGGCAGUGGCAGCACCCAUGGCCGCCACGGGAGCGGUGCCAACCCCGUGGAGCACCCACUGCUGCGCCGUAAGAGCCUGCAGUGGGCCCGCAAGCUGAGUCGCAAGAGCAGCAAGCAGGCAGGGAAGGCACCUGUGGCCACGGAGUGGAUCACCCAGCAGCGGCUCAGCCUGUACCGGCGCUCAGAGCGCCAGGAGCUCUCGGAGCUGGUCAAGAACCGGAUGAAGCACCUGGGGCUGCCCACCACUGGCUAUGAGGACGUAGCAAAUUUAACAGCCAGUGAUGUGAUGAAUCGGGUAAACCUGGGAUAUUUGCAAGAUGAGAUGAACGAUCAUCAUCAGAACACUCUUUCCUAUGUACUCAUCAACCCCCCACCAGACACGAGGCUGGAACCCAAUGAUAUUGUGUACCUCAUCCGCUCCGACCCCCUGGCCCAUGUGGCCAGCAGCUCCCAGAGUCGGAAGAGCAGCUGCAGCAACAAGCUCUCAUCCUGUAACCCUGAGACCCGGGAUGAGACGCAGCUCUGAGCGGCAGAGAAGCCCAUGUUGGGGCCGACAGGUGGACACAGAAAACAAAGGGAACAUUGUCACACCCUGGCCUGGGCUAAGCAGGCUGCACUAUGACUUUAUACAGUGGCUCUAAGCUGACCCCGAAAGGAAAUUGUCUCAGUGGGGCCAGCGGUGAGGCCACUGGACUAUCCCGGAAACUGGCAGAGGGCACUUUUUAACCUAUUUUUACAAAUCGGUAUGAUUUACAUCUCCUUACCUAGCUGUACCACAACUCGUGACUGGGGUCUGGCCAAAAUGUGAGGCAGGUGGCCAAGAAGGGACGGAGCAGGGACUGGAUGGACACUGCCCUGGAUCCCACCACCUUGCAUGGCUUCACUUAGUAAUUUCUGAAGGGGUGCUGGGGGUGCAUGUGAGAAGGAAAGACCUGGAACUGGGGUUCUCCUGCACGGAAGCCUGCUG